AUGCUAGGAGACGUGGAUCGGGUGCUCCAAGAUUUUCUUCGCGGGGGUUCGCCCCUUAGGGGGCACUCCCCUCGAUCCCACGUCGAUCCGCCGACGUCGUCAGGCCUGCAAUAUCCAAAUUCGAAUGCAACGACGACACCCCUCAUUGUGGUACCUUCCAUCACCCCCGUUCGGGAAGUUUAUAUACCCCGUCCGUCAAACAGCGGUACUGACGAUGAAACACUAUUGACGAAACGUGGGACGGUCGGUCUAUCAAAUCUUCUGUCUCUGGAUGCAGAAAAUUGUUUGAUUGAAAGUGGAGCUCUGGUGUACGAUGUUAUUGCCGAAGGAUUGGAUCCCGUGAGCCGACAAGGCGAUAGACAGUCGGGCAACAGCUUGACGUCGACACACAACUAUACGACGGACGCCUCCACAAGGUCGCAACAGCCGCAAACUUCCGCCACCGUGGCUGCGGUCGACGUUUCAGAACUAUAUUGUCGGCAAAAGGCGGAGAUAUCACGGAGGCAGAAAACUAAUGUGGCUCGACAGAGAGUCCAAGAAAAGAAGCAAAAGGCUUACUUGGAAUUGGAAUCCUUUCUGUCCAAAUUAGAGCAUGGUAGACCUAUGAAGGGAAUAUCCACAGAUCGGGAAGACGAUUCAACGAUUGCUCCUCGCGAAAAUUUGAGAAACGACGCAUCCGUCACUGACGACCAGGUGUUUCAGAGGGUCCGACAAGUUUUGUCCUCAGCGGAAAUGAGCAGCAGAUUCAAUUCAUUAGAGCCUACCUUUUCGUCCUUGUCGCCUCUGUCCCGGGAAAGAAUGCACCGAGCCGCACUCGAGAAGCUGUUGAAUGACGAGGAAGACUCGAUCGCCGAACCGUCCCGGCGAAAUUGUAAAUUUUUGACGGAAACACUUCCUUGUGUACUACCGUUACCACCUAGAAGUAGGUUGCGGCCAUCGAUGCCAAGAGCAACGUCACCCCGAUUGAUACGACAGGAUCCCCCGUCGAUCCGCGCUGGAUCUACGCUGAAGCCUGUAGUGACGCCGUCGAUACAGCCGUUACCUUCGCCAAAGAUUGCAAUUCAAGUCAACUCUGUCUUGGAGGACGAGAGCACCCUUACUACUGGUGAAGAUUGUUCGACGCGCUGCGAGGAAAAGUCACAUUCCCAACGACGACGAUCCCCUUCACCCCGGUCCCGGGAUGCUCGAUUUCGAAAAAUGCAAGCAGCCAAACUUGGUCGUGUUCCGAGGCCUCGGCCCGAAGACACACUACUGACAAGCUCACGUCCUUGUCGUUUAAGACCCAACACGGGGAGGCGCUCGACCCGACAGAAUGGCGGAGCUACCUUGACCUCAAACAGAACGAGCACGGGUCUUGGGCAAUAUUUCUCGCGGGCGGGUCAUCAGUCCAAACGGCAACAACCAGGAGAAGCUCCAAAUUCUACCUUCCAAUUGCAGAUGAUGCAAGCAGUGAAAGUCUCGCCAACUGGGCUAGUUAAGCAAAGUGUAUGUUGCAACAGUCAGUCGACGACAGCACAGGAGUCUCCAAAAGCUUCAAGUGAUUGCAUUUCGGUGGAAGAGCACAAGUCACUUGAGGUGGAAACGGUGAGCAGCGACACGCAAGAGUUUUCGAUCCAAAGCUGCAUUUCGAUCGAACAAGAGAUGUUUAAAGGCACAGUAGAAAUCCAGGACAGAAAGUGCAUUGCAGGGUCCUCGUUCGCAACGACUUCCCGGACAAUCAACAACAAAACCCACGAGAAAGAGGUGGUGUUGGCUUCAAAGGAGCGGUCGCGGCUCCCGUUGACGAUUGACACGAAUGAAGAAGUUUGUCGACCAAUCGUGUUAGCCAAAAGUGCCUACGAGAUGCCAACGCCAGCAAAAUCGUUUGUUAUAGUGAACUCUACUGAUGUCUAUGGAACUCCUCCCGCAGCAUGCGUAAUGCGAUCGUCUGGGGAUGAAAACGACUUUGAGGCUCGUGGUGAUUCCGUUGGAUCUUGCAAUCAUACUAAUCAGUUGCUGUCAAGGAAGAAAAGAACCCAGCUCGAGUCAGUAACCUUGGCAACUGGCAAUUCCAGUAAUACUGCGUCUGAACAACACAAGUGUGGCGACUUGCUAGCUACCUUAGAAAAAGAUGCAGACCGACUCCCGAUCCAGUCUGGGUCGCUGCCGGUUACCGCUAUGGCAAACCCAAUUCUCAGUGAUUGUACAAUUCGAGCCAAGAAUCCUAACAACGUGCAACUUGCAAAAGCUUUCCUGCCAGUAGCGUCAGCGACCAUUUCUUGGCCCACGAAGUCUGGAGCUUCUCCAAGGCAAAAGGAUGAUACAUUUGAAACGGUAUUGCCUCAAAAUUCACGGACUUCAGUGGCGUCCUUUCAUCCGUACGAGACUGAUGAUCUUUUCUAUCUAUUGGAUUCCGCUACCUCACAAACCUCACAAACAUUUGCGAAGGAAAGCAAAGCCAUUGGAAAAGUAUUUGCUGGUCGACUCAGAGGGAAAUGUAUCUGGCAAAGAAAAGAUGCUUUUUUUGAAUCGCCGUCGCGGCCAGCUACGGCCGAAUCGGAAGAUUCGGCCUGGAAUGGCUGUGAGCCUUCUGGAUCUAAAGCCACCGUUUCGACGGCCACUUCAUACUGCGUUCCUCCUUGGGAAGCGAAAGUCUCGGAAGAGCAAAUUGCUGAUCAAGCUCUGGUCGGCCAUGUGUUGAGUAAUACAGCGACUAAUGUUGCACUUUCUGGUCAGGCUAGUAGUAAUGGAGAGUCAGAAAGUGUAUCAGUCAGCGCCUCAGACCCUGACACUAGCACUUUGCAAGCUGAUUGUGCUACAAUAAAUUUGCAAGACGUGACGGACAAAUUAUUCACAUCAGAUACUAAAUCUGUAGAAAUGAUUGAAAUUGAUUCAGCAGACGAAAGAAUUUGCUUCAGGCAACUAUCGGGUGUGAUAUUUGAGAAUAAUUUUGGUUCUUCCACUAUCAACCAUCAGCUUCCUUGGUGGAGGCGCGCAGCCUGGAACGGAGUCCGGCCUCAACUUCAAAAAGAUCUGAAUAUCGUGUCUGCAGGACUAUCUGGAAUGGGCACUUUAGAAGGCACGCAUGGCUCGGAUCCAGAGGUUAUUGUCAUUGACGAUCCUUCACUACAAAGCUCAGUAGGGUUGGUAGAAGAAAAUUGGACUUUUGGUCCUUCCGCAAAUGAUGCAACUUUCGUUAGUGGUACAUCUGCUAUCGUAUCUGAACCAGCUACUAUGUGCAACUUUCCAGUGCUCGAGAUUGAAUCUUCCAGAGAUCGAGAAGACAAAUCCCUACAAGAACGUGAAAUUGCUGGGAUGGCACAUAAUGAGGUGAUACAGUCGCCGGAGUUGGAAACCCAUCCCUCAGUAACGCCGGAAAAUACACCAAAGUCUUAUUCAGCCGUUUUCUCAGGUUUUAAUGCACCUCCUAGAGCAGUUCCGGUCCGAGCUACUCCCCCGACUAACGUAUUGAAGCGUAUGAGGGGUCGAGGAAGAUGUGAAGGAUCGCUGAAGGCGCUGUUCGGACAUUCACAAGCUGUACGGGACGACAGGUCUCAAAGUUCUUCGGUGUGGAAUUCAUAUGGCGAAAAUUUCCGCUUCCCGGGAUCCGACGGCUCUUAUUCUUCAGAUGGCGUGCCCUGCAAUAUGGAUGACUCUCUAUCGCCAGUCUACUGUCAUUCGAAUAAUGAAGUCUUGGUUUGCGAGUCAGAGGGCACUUCAGUUGUUCAGAGAUCAAUCAGCUCUACAGACUACGACCAGUUUGUCGUUGAUAUGCGGAAGAGACAGACGUCUCCGUCAAAGCCAAGUAUUCUAGACACAAUUUCCAGACGCGCUGACGAAAAUUUAUCAAUUGACGAAAGCCGUAGGUUUUCCAAAGAAAACAAUAGGUUAGCGAGGGAACGAAGACCACGCACCAUAACCGGGGAUCUGUCCAGCUUAACGAAGGGGGAAAGAUCAGCUGAUGCGGCCUGUUUCACUUCAGAGGAGGAAGCACAGUUGACAGCUGGAUCUUCCAAGAGUGAGACAAUUGCUUUGUCGUGUAACAGUGUUAAUCAAAGGAGUCAAGGGAGAGCUGUUGCAAUGAAAUCAAAAAUGUCAGUAGACUUUGAGUCAGCGCCUGCUACACAAAGACUUUCGCGCGAUGCACGCGUUCCGGAAGUGAGCCGGAUAGUGAAAAAUGGGGAUGCAGACGAAAUAUCCAUCCUUGCUUUUAACUAUAUGGAACAGAAGCUGGAAGACACGAUCGUUGACAAGACAGCAAAAUUGUGUGAACAGCCUGGUGCUCUCUUUUAUCGGCCAACUAUCAAUAUCUUUGGAGCAUACGAUUAUUUAAACGAGAGCCCCGUGGAACCUACAAUAAAGUCAGGGAGUUAUGAAAGGAAUGAAAAAAUAAGCGAUAUCAGUGGAGCAAAUUGUGUAAAAGGUGGAAGUGAAGCAACGAAUGAAUCCAGGAGCAAUAUUGCGUCACUUACGCCAAAAGCGCAAGUGCGGUCAGACGAAAGGACUAUCACAAACGAUCCUGCUCAAGCUCUGUCAGUCGGAGAUAAUAGUCCCGUCGAGUGUGUUGAGGUUCCAGAAGCUUUGCAACAAGGUCAGGCAGGCGUAGCCCCAGGUGUCUCGAGCCAGCAUCGAGAGAAAGGAAAUGAAGCCCCAGACGAGAGACUCAGUUCAAAGGCAGCGGAUUAUCGAAGAAAAUCCGCUUCUGAUGUGGACAAGAUUACAACGAUAUCCCCGACUUUAGUAGAGGACUUUGAGAGAGCUGAAAAGCUGCUGAAUGAUACGAUAAGGAGCUUCGACUAUCGAGAUGAGAAGGCGACUAUUUGCCAUCCUUCUCGAAUCGCAAAAAAUGACUCACGCGCUUCCUUCCUCGAAGGUUCUUCCGAAGUAAAGAAACCAUUGAGGGCCAACGCAUUGCAAGAUGAACAGAGUAGAGAGGUUGACGUUAAGGAAAUCAUUGCUAUCUCACCUUCUUUGGUACAAGAGUUUGAAAAAGCCCAAAAUCUCCUUGACGCGACAAUUUUGUCGUUUGGCUUUUCAGAAAACCAGACCAAAGAUUUACAACUUUCAAAAAAAUGGAAGCAUAUCGAUCGCAAAAAAAGGCUCAAUCAAAAAGCAAAGUGUCCGGCUAAAGCUGCAUCGACGGGUCAGUGCUUGAGUAAGGAAAAAGAGAGCGCAACUUUGAAAUCAAACACAAGGGCAGGAAUAACUCAGAUUCACAAGAAACCCUCUUUUAAGACUUCGAAAGCGAGCCAAUUCGGUGGUUUGCCUCCCCUUGGGCCUCGUUCAAAUCGGCAUCAGCCUUCUUUGAUGGUUGCAGCUAUUUCUUCAGAGACACCUGUGAUUCCCCAAACUAAAAACACUGACUGCAAUCUCGAUUCUGACGAAGUCGAAAAUUCCGACGUGACGGUGCUGCAUAGCCCACAAUGUGAAGUCAUCGAAGCUUGCUUAGACGAGACAGAAAGAGACCCAGGUAAAACAGGGGAAGAAAUCGAAAUCAUUUUUGUUGAAGAUAGCUUUAUGUCAACAGAUUCCUUUUCUUAUGGGGAAUUGAAGGGGAUCGUCUUUGAUUGGAUUAGAAAGUACCCAGAUCCCCCUCAGAAGGACACAAUUUGCCAAGACGCCACCAAAGAGCGGCGCAGAAAUAAUCCACAGAGAUUAUUCCGAAACUACCAUUUGUGUAACGAUACUUCUGCGGCCUCAUCUCGAUAUGCGUCUGAGUCAAAGUUGAAACAAGAAGUCAUUUCUGUUGUCUCAUUUGAAGACGACUUUCGUGAGACAGCGAGAAGGUGGUAUGAUGCUUCACGGGUCUUUCGCUUGUCCAAUAAAUCGAAUUGGACGCAGAAUAAUGAUGCCAAGAUAGGCCAAAUGGCGAAUAUAAUCAGACGUCCUUCAAACAGCAAAGUUUACAUCUCACAAGAAACAUGCUCAGCAGCAGACCCGCCUGGGCGCACAGUCGAAGACUUUAUUGAAAGGAUUGAUCAACGACGACACAACUCUGAGCAUCUGGACUGGUCCUCCUCUAUUCUUCACAUUCCCAGCGAUAGCCAGCCCAAUCUGUUUUUGCCAACGCUGAGCCCUCAAGAGAGCCAGCCAUCUGAAUUUUGCCUAAAAUCCAUACAAAAUCAGGGCGAAGAAAAGGAAUGGGAUGCCGAAGUAUGGCGAAUGAAGCGAAGUCAGCAAGUCAUCAACGUAGAGUGUCAAAAACUACGAAGCGGACUUUCAAAGGCACACAUCCAAGGACAAGAGCGCAUGCAGAAUUCCGCUGACCUUGAAGGCAAAGCGUUUGAGUAUAAAAGCGAUCGACAUUCAGUAGACAAUGCGAAGAUUCCCUCGAAAAGCAGGAUAGAACGCGCAAGAACGUUGCUCGCUUCCAGGUCCGGCCCACAUCGCUUUUCUAAGUUUGCCGCGCGAAAAGCUUCCCUUCGCUCGUCCAAGAACCAAGAAGAUCAUACCGCCACCAGCAUUACUGACAGUGAGAAAGUGUUUGCUCGUACCAAUCGCUUUGGUGUCGAAAAGCAGAAAAUCGGAGCUUCAGGGGUCUCCGAGCUCGCAUCGACAACCAUGAGUAAUGAGUUGUUCUCGUCCGAUCUAAAUAUGUGCAAUGAUCCGUCAAAGAGUAGGGCCCACCUCACGAAGGUAAACUGUACCAGUAGUAUCGCGGCAGCGGCAAGACAGCAUGAUGAUCUGGAUCCCGUUCCAAAAAACGUUGAAUUUUGGCGAGAUGACACCAAUCCUCUGCCGACCUUUAUGAGUGAGGCCAAUGGCUCGAUGAAAGGAGACCGUUUAGAUCGUACAACCAAGAGCAUCAAGUCGGGGCUUUCUGCUGAAGAAACUGAAAUAAAAACAUCCAGUCUCUUGGAGAGAGAUCCUCAAAACAUAAGCCCCUGUGACACUCGAUCAACACUGACUAUUCCUCUUCCAGAGGACCUGACAAAGUUCUUGAACCGCCGUGACAGCGAUUGUGGAUCAUCCUUCACCUUUCGACUCCUUGCCGGUGACAGUAGCAUGGAGUCGAGUAAAAAGUCAUACUUCUCGAAGCGCAUGGCUACAAGGAACGAAAAUCGCUCGGUGCGGGAGAGCUAUGAGAGUCUAGAACAAAGAGCCAAGAGGUUGCAUGCUAUUCUCUCUCGCGGAAAACGACUCCUACGUUCCAAAAUGAACAAUUCGCCUACCACUGUAGAAGACGAACACAAGUUGAUCAACUCGCCGGCGGAAGAGAAGUUUGAUCAACAUUUUGAGGUACCCGUUCGAAACGAACGCUUCAAUGACUUUGGGUCUAACAGUGAAGACGAGGGUGGCAAAGCUUUACAAAGCCUUCCCUCGAAACUCUUUGUGGACAUUCGGUCGGUAACAGUGCCCUGUAAAGCGGAAACAAGCAGAAGCCAGCAUUCGAACCCCUGCAGACUUUCGCUAAGAAAGAAGGCCAAGGGGCCUCGAGAGUCUGAUCGCUGUAUCGUCAAUAUUAACCCCACAUCCCCAGAUAUUGUGACCACCCUUCCUUUCACUGUACGCACAACAUUACCGUCCCAAACGUACGAACAUAUAAGGCCACCAACGUCUCCUCGAACAAAACUACUUUCGAGGGCGCGCCAUAGCAUAUUGAAAGCUAGAGGAUCCACGAAGUAUUCUCCCAUGCUUCCUUCAACACCUCCAACGCCACGCGACGAUGUCAAUCACCACGUUGACUCAAACGCGUAUGAGAAUUUGGUGCGAGCUAUUCAGUUGCGUAAAACGGCACUGGGGACUAACGAAAAGCCUGACAAUGCCGUUGUGAAAUACCCCUCGUCGCCCCAAGGAAAGACAGAUUUAUCGAACUCAAUUAGCAAAUCCACAGAUUUCAUAAAGGUUGUUCCAAAGCGGCGUUUGCACAAAAGUUCAUCCAGGUCUUUGGCGCAGGGUUUGCCUCACCAAGCCAAAGAACUGUACAAGUUUGCCCAUCGGGGAAGUCUUCUCGGAGAGGCGAUGGCCAAAACCAUAGAUAACAAUUCCUCUCACACGGCUACAGAGUAG